CUCAGCCCUACUCCUUCCCUCGGUCCCGAUUCUGUGUUAGGUCGCUGUAUUCUCUGCGGUUAGGACUUUUGCGCAAAUCAAAUCACUGAAGAGCUUUCGUCUCAUCAAUGGAGUCUCAUCGGGAAACAUUUAUUCACUGGCUCAGGAAACGACCAUCCUCGAACCCAGGGGUCACAUUUGGAGUGCCCUGGCGGCAAGGAGUCUGUCACCAGUCGAAUACUGCAUUCGUUUGCAAAACGGAGAGUGGGAGCGAGAUUCCACUGCAGACAUGGCCAACAGCAUUUUGGCCUGACGAGUCUAUGAAAUGGACAAGUCACGCAAUUCCUGCAUCGGCGACAGUAGAGGAGAGUUACCGUGUUAUUGCAGUUGACUCGUCGGACGCCAAGACACAAUUUCCGGAUGCGCUCAUGGUUGAGAAAGACUCCGAAUUCAUCUCAGUUAACACCGGGAGGAUGAAGAUAAUGUUUGCAAAGACAGGAAACGAGAUCAUCAAGAAAGUUGUUAAUGCUAAGGGCAACACGGUUGGUGCUGGCGGCAAGUUGAUUCUACUUUCCCAGGAUCGUGUCUGUGAUGCCGAUAAACCGGACUCUCUGGUAAAGCACCAUAACUUCUACGGAAGGAUCAGCUCUGUGGAAGCUGAGCAGACUGGGCCCAUUCGCGCUGUCAUUACCGUUCGCGGAGUCCAUGUCGAAGAAUCUCAAGAAGGCGAGUCGACUGUCAAGGCCCACAAACCAUGGGUACCCUUCACACUCAGGUUCUAUCUAUAUGCCGGGUCUUGUCAUAUCCGAAUACUUCACACCAUAACAUAUGACGGCAGUGCAAACGACUUUAUUCGAGGGAUCGGGAUCCGUCUCAAUUUACCUUUACAGGAAGAGCCGGCCUUCGAUCGCCAUGUACGAUUCUCUGGAGCAUCAGGAGGCGUUCUGGCCGAGGCUUCUCAGGGGCUGACUGGGCUUUGGAAGGACCCUGGGCGAGAGGUCAGGUCUGCUCAGGUGCAGGGCAAGCCUCUGCCAUCUCCUGAGAGUUGGGACCCGGAGCUACCCCAAGCUUCUCUGCGCUGGAUGCCUAUCUGGAAUGACUUCAGCCUGCAUCAACUCUCGCCAGAUGGGUUUACGCUCGAGAAACGACUGAAGGAAGGCCAUCCGUGGAUAAAGACCGCCAGUGGUACCAAGGCGGGAGGAGUUGUUUAUGUCGGUGGCGCUAAUCGAGGAGGGUUGGCCAUCGGGUCGAGACACUUCUGGGAACGAUACCCAACCGGAAUCGACAUUCGAGGCCUCGGUGCCUCUCAAGGAGACACCACCGAAGUGACCCUUUGGCUGUACGACCCCAAAGCCGGGCCCAUGGACCUUCGCCCUUAUCAUGACGGCUUGGGUCAACAAGGUUUUGACGAUCAACUGGACGCCCUGAAGAUCACUUACGAGGAUUGGGAACCGGAGCUCGGGUCGCCUUACGGGAUAGCCCGCACGAAUGAGCUGAUGAUCUCGGUGACGGACUCAACGCCAGAUGGCCGUGAGUUCUUGUCACUGGCUUACCUGAUUCGAGAUCCUCCAAAGUUAUUAUCCAGCCCGGAAGCCAUUCACCUUAGCCAAGCCCUCGGCACAUACUGGUCUCCAUUGUCGAAUGAAUCCGCCAACGGCCUUUCAGCCACCGAUGAACGCCUCGAGUUCCUAUUUCAAUUCUACGAGAAGCAAGUGCAACAAAGGCGUUGGUACGGGUUCUGGGACCAUGGCGAUAUCAUGCACACGUAUGAUGAAGACCGACACACCUGGCGAUACGAUAUUGGCGGAUACGCCUGGGACAACUCCGAGCUAUCACCAGAUCUAUGGCUCUGGCUGUACUUUCUGCGGACCGGUCGAGCUGAUGUGUUCUGCAUGGCGGAAGCAUUGACUCGUCAUACUGGGGAGGUGGAUGUUUACCAUCUUGGGCGUUAUAAGGGUCUCGGCACACGACAUGGCGUGCAGCACUGGAGCGAUAGCUGCAAACAAGCCCGUAUAUCGAACGCCUUGUAUCGCCGCUUUUUCUACUACCUGUCUGGCGGUGAUGAACGUGUUGGGGAACUUAUCGAAGAGACGCUCGAUACGGAUCAAAAGUUUCUGGUCCUCGAUCCGUACCGGAAGGUCCGAAAGGACAGAGAAACCUACAGUCCAGAUGCACAUGCUGUCGAAAUCAGCCUGGGAACUGACUGGGCAUCGCUGGCAGCCUCUUGGCUUGUCGAGUUUGAACGACGAGGGCCACGAUGGACUGAGGCCAAGAGUAAGCUUUUCAGGUCGAUUGAAGGGAUUGGUGCUCUUGCCAACGGCUUUGUUACCGGGAAUGCGACUUACAAUCCGUCAACCGGAGCCAUCUCACCACCCGCCGCAGAUCCUGAAAACCAAGGGGUAGUGAAGGUUUCCCACCUAUCAGCCAUGUUCGGGCUGUUUGAGGUGGCGGCCGAUAUUCUGCAGCAUUUUCCGGAGAAAGCAAACGCAACUGGAUUCAGACAUGCAUGGCUAGAGUAUUACAUCUUCUUCAGCGCUAGUUUGGAGGAACAGGAGACUCGAUACGGUAAAUCUGGCUGGGGCAGACUGCAGCUUAGACAAGGGCACUCUCGCCUGACUGCCUAUGCAGCGAAGGAGCUCGACAGACCUGAUUUGGCGGAACGCGCGUUGGCAGAAUUUGAGAAUGGGGAUGGUUUUCGGGACUAUGGCCCGAACGCUGUCUGGAAAAGCACCCCGGUGAGUAAGAACCAUGUUCUUGAGCCUGCAGAUGAGGCUGUGGGGGUUUCUAGCAAUGUCACCGCGCUGUAUGGUCUGGCAGCUAUUCAGAAUCUGGCAUUGGUGUUAGAUGAGACAAAACCAAGAACUUAGAAUGAUGUUGAAGUUAGCGUGACUUUGCCAAAAUGCACA